AUGUUUAUUAACAGGACUUACCAAACGAAUGCUGAAGCCACCCAGACUCAUCAGACAGUCACACCAAUUCCUGAGAGCUCUUCUAGAGAUGUCAAAACAAAGACCCCGAUACGAGAAUCCAUGGAAAUGGUCGCAAUUCAACUACUCGACAAACCCAACACUACAGCUGAAACGCCAGUUAUAGCUGACACCAGAAUACCACCCAAACUAAAAACUCAAGUCAAACACAGAAUAAAAACGAGAAAUGAAAAUGGCGAAGAGUACGAGAAUGCUCACCCUGGUGUGGCAGUUCCUGUCACGAUCGAAGAAUUGGACACAGAGAACAAAAUAAACGAGCCUAGUGAGUCUUCGACCUCCAAUGAAGGCAUUUCCACUUGGAUUUCAUUGAGCAAUUCAGCCAAGGAAAACGUUACUACUGAGUCGUCAAAAGUAGAGGAAAUCACAAAGAAACCUAAGCCCGCUGUUUCAAAGAACAAACCCAAACGUCCUCAGAAUAAUAAAAUACCUAAACGUCCUAUAAUUGGCAGCACUAACAAAGCUGACUUGGUUGCCAGUGGAUCGGCUAUCAACGAGAAUGUCUAUAAUAAGAUUAAGGAUACAGUGUUGUCUAAUGUCCAGAAAAACAAGAACACUUCAGUUCGUCCAGCUACGACAACUACAACCACAACAACAACUACCACUACUACCACCACCGAAGCACCAACAACGAAAAAGGAAACUAAAAUCCCUAUCGUAACGCCAGUAACAGUAACAGUGACUUCAAAACCUAAGAAAAAGAACAAGAAUAAACAAAAAACUACUACUACCUUAGCACCUCCCGUCAUUAGCGACUCAGCAUUGCUACCUACAGAAGCAAAAGAGCAAGAAAUUGAGCUGGAAGUAAGCACUCCGGCAACUACAACCAAGAAACCUAAAAGAAGCUCAACAAGAAAGAAGAACAAGACUAAGAAGCGUAAAACCUCUACACCUAAACCAAGCACAGAAGUCGCUAUCUCCGAUGUCAAAACCUCAAACAAAACUAAGUCAAAUAAGAAUGCGAAAAAACCGGCUGCUGCACCAACUGGGGCUAUCACUACACAAAUCUAUAACUAUUUGUCUAGAGAAGUGAUGCCAUCUGUGGGAGUAGGUAUGUUAGGCUUGGCUAGUUUAGUAGGUAUUGCUGGUUACUUCUUGUAUCCAUUUGCAACUCCAGUUCGUAGGACGUUUGAAGUAGACAAGAAUGACGAUAUUUACAGAAACAAUGCUGAGGAAUAUGCUAAUGACGGAAAUGGUCAAGCUGAAGAAGAAAUGCUGGGUACAGUUUUAGCUGGAAUGCCCGCCCACGCCAAACAAAAGUUGAACCCUUAUGCUGGACAAACUGCGUACACAAGUCGUUAUCCAGUAAAAAAAGAACAAGAUAUUAGAUAUAGACAAGUUGCCACUGGUUAUAAGCCUAAUCCCAAUUAUGGCAAGGUACAUUACGCUCAACAAAAAACUGGAAUAGCUCAUGCUGCUGUUUAUUCGAAGCCAAUUAGCUACAGUCCUCACUACGAAACUAGACAUGCUUAUACGACGGAAGGAAAAUACAAUUAUGAGAAACCUCAACAACCAAAUUAUACUCCAUACCCAGCGGUAGAACCUAUAUACGCUGCUCCACAAACUGGUCCGACAGGCAUUUCAGCUUAUGGUAAUGAGAAUUCCAACUCAGUUGUGUAUGGUGUAAAGCCAGCAGCUGAAUCUGAUUUCAAACCUGUAUACCCAUUUGAAGGUCAGUUCUUUAGUGAAACUACUAGUAGUUCAGUGACUUAUCCUCCAACGUCUAUGUAUUUGGGAUCUAAUAACGAUUCAGAUAAUCAAGAAGAAAAAUAUGAUGACAAUACAAGCGGCAGUGAAGCAAGUUCUGAAUCUAGCGACAAUAAAUUUGUAGUGGGAAAUGUUCCCAAGGAGUUAGUUGACUCGGCUACACCUGCAGUUGUACCGGAACACGGUCCAAGAAAUUUAAGGAAGAAGCGUAGUAUUUCGGGUUCCCUGGAAGAGCUUUUGGCUGAAAAGGGAAACAGAGACAUCUUCAUAAGUAAUGAGAUUGAUGACGUUUACAAUAUUAAUAACCCUGUCAGAAACCUUGCUGCUAAUAAUGUUGAUGACACCACGGUUUUUCCUAAAGAUGUCACCGAAGUUUUUGCUCUAUCAGAAUCAGAGAAAGACGCUAAAUUAAAUGAAGCCACUACUGAUAAGAUUGAGGUUGUAGAGAGCGUGUCAACGAUUCCAGUUAAUAGUAAAAACGAUAAAACGACAGAACCUGAUAUGUCUAAUGAAAUGGAAACUACGACAAAAACGUUUAAAGUGUAUGAAGUGUUCCCUUCAAGGAAUACUGAAGUAACAGAGCGCAACAGUCCAAUCAACUCGCCCACAUCGACUGUACAAAGUAUGAUGACUGAGACAACGACUGAUUUAAAAUCUGAAACAACAUCAACUAUGCCUACAGUACCAGUUUCAACUGACAAGCCAGCAACUACGUCAAAACCUUGGAAUGAUCCAGAAAUUGUCACAUACCCCCCUUUAAAUCAGCAGGGUGGAUUCUUAAACUUCUUACAGAGAUUAGUAGACUUUAAGUUUAGACUUGGUCUUGGUAUUUUACAAACAACUGUUGACGCUUUAAAUAGAUUUAGGGAUGACACUAUGCAAAAAGUAACAAAUGCCUCACGAACACAUAAUGGCUAG